CGGCGUCGGGUCCCGGCCCGCCUCGGCUGGCGUCGCUCCGUCCGCAGCGCGUGAGGCGGCGCGCGGCUCCGUCUGCUGCCCGUUGGCCCUCGCGAGCUGGAGACCGGCCCGCGCCCGGUCGCCCCUCUCGGUCCCCGGCGAUGUCCGAAGGCGAAGCCAAGCAGGCCGGACACAACAGCGGAGGAGGAGGCGGAGGCGGAGGCGGAGGAGGCGGCUCCGACCCGAAGGCCGAGGCGGCGGCGGCGUCUGGAGCGGCGGGGCCCGGCAUGACCUCGCUGUCCCCUCCGCUGGCGGCGGCGGCGCAGGAGGAGGAGGAGGAGGAGGAGGAGAGCGAGGACGAGUCGGAGAUCCUGGAGGAGUCGCCGUGCGGGAGGUGGCAGAAGCGCCGCGAGGAGGUGAAUCAGCGCAAUGUUCCUGGGAUUGACAGUGCUUACCUGGCAAUGGACACAGAAGAAGGGGUGGAAGUGGUUUGGAAUGAGGUCCAGUUCUCGGAGCGCAAGAAUUUUAAGCUUCAGGAGGAGAAGGUCAAAGCUGUCUUUGACAACCUGAUCCAGCUAGAACACCUGAACAUUGUGAAGUUCCACAAGUACUGGGCAGAUGUGAAGGAGAACAAGGCCAGGGUGAUCUUCAUCACUGAGUACAUGUCCUCUGGCAGCCUGAAGCAGUUUCUGAAGAAGACAAAGAAGAACCACAAGACCAUGAAUGAAAAGGCCUGGAAGCGCUGGUGCACCCAGAUCCUGUCUGCUCUCAGUUACCUUCACUCCUGCGACCCUCCCAUCAUUCAUGGAAACUUGACUUGUGACACCAUCUUCAUCCAGCACAAUGGGCUGAUCAAGAUCGGGUCAGUGGCCCCAGACACCAUCAACAACCAUGUGAAGACGUGUCGUGAAGAGCAGAAGAACCUGCACUUCUUUGCCCCGGAGUAUGGCGAAGUUGCACAUGUGACGACUGCGGUGGACAUCUACUCCUUUGGGAUGUGUGCGCUGGAGAUGGCGGUGCUGGAGAUCCAGGGCAAUGGCGAAUCCUCUUACGUGCCCCAGGAAGCGAUCAACAAUGCCAUCCAGUUGCUGGAGGAUCCCUUGCAGCGGGAGUUCAUCCAAAAGUGCCUGGAGCUGCAGCCCAGCAAGCGACCCACGGCCCGCGAGCUCCUCUUCCACCAAGCCCUCUUUGAAGUGCCCUCUCUGAAGCUCCUGGCAGCCCACUGCAUUGUGGGCCAUCAGCACAUGAUCCCAGAGAACGCCCUAGAAGAAAUGACCAAGAACUUGGACAUGAGUGCAGUGUUGGCCGAGAUCAACCAUGCCGACCGCGAGGGCGUCCGCAUGAUCUUCUCCCAGUCCCCAGCCCUGGAGCUAGACAAGUUUCUGGAGGAUGUGAGGAACGGCAUCUACCCCCUCACGGCCUUCGGCCUGCCCCGCCCUCAUCAGCCGCAGCAGGAGGUGGUGACGUCUCCCAUUGCGCCCCCAUCGGUCAAGACGCCCACGCCAGAGCCUGCGGAAGUGGAAACCCGCAAGGUGGUCCUGAUGCAAUGCAACAUCGAGUCAGUCGAGGAAGGGGUGAAGCACCAUUUGACGCUGCUGCUGAGGCUGGAAGACAAGCUGAACCGACACCUGAGCUGUGACCUGCUGCCCAGUGACAAUAUCCAGGAGCUGGCGGCCGAACUGGUCCAGCUGGGAUUCAUCAGUGAGGCUGAUCAGAGCCGGCUGAGCUGUUUACUUGAAGAGGCCUUCAGCAAGUUCUUCUACUCUCGGAACGGAGCGCUGGCGGCCGUCACCGUCUCCUCCUAAGGGCUGCCCCCAUGCCAGCAGUGCCCGGGCGCUGCCUCCGCAAAGGGCCCCCUCCCCCCGCCAGGCCGCUGCUGCCACCGCUGCACAGAACCAGCUUGGCUGUGCCUCCUGCAUGUGCCGCAGCCGCCAGGAGCCCCGCAGACAAUCGCUGCCACCAUCGGGAGGGGGGCAGGAGGGAGGGGGCAAGGCGGGGAAGGGGGGCUGUGUGCCUUGUCAGUAUUAUUCCCCCCCGGGGCCAGUGGCCUCCCUCUCCCCCCGGCUCAACGCAUGGAGUUUUAUUUUGCUUGAAUUGUACAGAGGUUUUUUUUUGCACAGCACAGAGAUGUCUGUCUUGUUAUUUAAGGGGGUGGGAGGGAGGGAGGGGGGAAGAAGAGUAAGGUUGGCUCCUCCCCCUGCCCCUCCCCCUCUCUCACAGGCUUUCCAGCCCCACAGUCACCCCCUUCCCUGGCAGCCUCACCCUCCUCUGGGCGGCUCCUUUUCCCCCCCUUGCUUGGCUGCCCUUCUUGCCCUGGGUUGUGCAGCAGAGGCACCUCCCCCUGAGCCCUGGAGAAAGUGGGUGGGCAGGUGGGCACAGGGCCAUGAAUGUCGCAGGUGCAAGAGGCAGCCAGCAGCUG